AUGAACAUGGCUCCAACGAGCCGGCCAGCCCCCGUGGAAGUCACGUACAGGAACAUGAGAUUCCUUAUUACACACAGCCCAACCAGUGCAACCUUAAACAAGUUUAUAGAAGAACUUAAGAAACACGGAGUUACUACAAUAGUAAGAGUAUGUGAAGCCACCUACGACACUGCUCUCGUGGAGAAAGAAGGCAUCCAGGUUCUGGAUUGGCCUUUCGAUGACGGGUCAUCGCCAUCUAACCAGAUUGUCGACGACUGGCUGAGUCUCGUACACCUUAAAUUUCGGGAGGAACCUGGCUGUUGUAUUGCUGUCCACUGUGUUGCGGGUCUUGGGAGAACGCCAGUGCUUGUUGCCCUAGCCCUAAUUGAAGGUGGAAUGAAAAACGAAGAUGCAGUACAGUUUAUAAGACAAAAGCGGCGUGGAGCUUUUAACAGCAAGCAACUUUUGUAUUUGGAGAAAUACCGUUCUAAAAUGCGGCUGCGCUACAAGGACUCUAGUGGUCAUAGAAACAACUGUUGCAUUCAAUAAAACUUGGCUCCCUUAUGCUGUUGCCUUGGAAAUGGAACUUGAGAGAGGACUUAAUUAUCGUACAUAUUAGCCAACAUGUAGGCUUAAUGAAUGACCAGUCUAAUGAAGCUUCCAUAGGAAUCAUGAAAAAAACCACAAGCAUGACAGAAUUGCAGCCUCUAUAUUUGGCUUCAUACUAUUCCCAUGUCAGAAAAAAAAAAAAAAAAAGUAAGAAAUUGAGAGCUUAGGUGCCAAAAUAUCCAGCACAAUACUUGUAUAUUUUUAGUAUUCUAUAUAAUUAAAAUGCUAGUAAUUAUGAACAGCACUGUAAACCAUAUGUGGUUUAUUCCUUUAGUCCUUUCAAACAUUGUAAGUAGGGCCUAUGUGGUUAUUUUUUCCUUCAUGUUUACCAUCCCACAUGAACACCAGUAUA